GGGCCAGCGGCGGGCACCGGCGUUCCAGAGGGUUGGGCCCGGGCAAGUGUCAGUCAGGCCGGGAGCGCGGCAGCGGACGCGGAGACCCGGCGGCUGACGCGCGCGGGCCGCUGCCGAGCCGUCCGCCCAAGAUGGAGUUCCUCCUGGGGAACCCGUUCAGCACGCCGGUGGGGCAGUGCCUCGAAAAGGCAACAGAUGGCUCCCUGCAGAGCGAGGACUGGACGUUGAACAUGGAGAUCUGCGACAUCAUCAAUGAGACAGAGGAAGGGCCGAAGGACGCCAUUCGGGCCCUGAAGAAGCGGCUCAACGGGAACCGGAACUACCGGGAGGUGAUGCUGGCACUGACUGUGCUGGAGACGUGUGUGAAGAACUGCGGCCACCGCUUCCACGUGCUUGUGGCCAACCGGGACUUCAUUGACAGCGUCCUGGUCAAGGUCAUCUCUCCCAAGAACAGCCCCCCCACCAUUGUGCAGGACAAGGUGCUCGCUCUCAUCCAGGCAUGGGCCGAUGCCUUCCGGAGCAGCCCUGACCUCACAGGGGUUGUGCACGCCUAUGAGGAGCUGAAGAGGAAGGGUGUGGAGUUCCCCAUGGCUGACCUGGACGCGCUGUCCCCCAUCCACACGCCGCAGCGGAGCGUCCCGGAGGUGGACCCCGCCGCGACCACACCCAAGUCCCAGUCCCAGCCGAGGACGAGCAGCGGCCCCUACUCGGCCCCGCAGGCCCCGGCUCUGAGCACUGUGGGCCCCAUCACUGCCAAUUCUGAGCAGAUUGCCAGACUGCGGAGUGAACUGGAUGUUGUUCGAGGAAACACAAAGGUCAUGUCCGAGAUGCUAACUGAGAUGGUCCCUGGGCAGGAGGACUCAUCCGAUCUGGAGCUGUUGCAGGAGCUGCACCGGACCUGCCGCGCCAUGCAGCAGCGCGUGGUGGAGCUUAUCUCCCGCGUGUGCAACGAGGAGGUCACGGAGGAGCUGCUGCACGUCAACGACGACCUCAACAACGUCUUCCUGCGCUACGAGAGGUUCGAACGAUACAGGUCAGGCCGAUCGGCUCAAAAUGCCACUAAUGGGGUGCUGAGUGAAGUGACAGAGGACAACCUCAUAGACCUGGGCCCGGGGUCUCCAGCCGUGGUGAGCCCAACUGUGGGGAGCACAGCACCCCCAUCUUCUCUCUCUUCCCAGCUCGCUGGCUUGGACCUGGGUACAGAGAGUGUCAGCGGUACCCUGAGCUCACUGCAGCAGUGCCAGCCCCGGGAUAGCUUCGACGUGUUCGCCCAGACCAGAGGGAGUGCCUCGGCUGAGCAGCGCAACCCGCCUGCCUACGAGGACCCCCAGGCCGUCGGAGUACCUGCUUCGGCAGUUGAUGGUCGUAAACAGAGCUCCGAAGUGAAGAGAGGUAAAGGUGGGGACUCUGCCCUGGAGCCCAUAGACAGCUGGCUCAUAGCCCAAGGAAUGAUCCCCGUGGUGCAGCCCUCGGUCAUGGACGACAUUGAGGUGUGGCUCAGGACCGACCUGAAGGGCGAUGACUUGGAGGAGGGCGUCACAAGCGAAGAGUUCGAUAAAUUCCUUGAAGAAAGGGCCAAAGCUGCUGAAAUGGUUCCCAACCUCCCCUCUCCCCCAGCGGACGCUCCGGCCCCAGCCUCGAAUCCCUCAGGCCGGAAGAAGCCGGAGCGGUCAGAGGAUGCCCUCUUUGCCCUGUGAGCUGUCCCUAUGGUUGGGCCCCCCACCCCAUGGCAGGUCUCCUCUCGCCCCCGGUCCACCCAGGCUCUGGCCACUCCUCCCAUCCACCGCACCCACUUGGUCCUGCGCUGCUCUGUCUCCAUGGAAACACCACUGUGUUUGCUCCCAGGCCUCUCACUCGUUGGGCCCAGCUUUAGCCACCUUCUCUUUGGGAGGUGGGACAGUGUCACUGCAGCUGCAGCCCCUCAGCCUCUGCCCUCCUGCUCCCUCUGCCUGUUUCCUCCAGGAAGAGCUGGUGACUGGCCCAGCCCCAGGCAGGGCCAGCCCUUUGGGGCUGUUCCCGAGCAGUUCCUCUGGUCACUUGCCCACAGAGAAGGGGCUCAGACCCCAGCCCCAUGCCCAGCUCAGCAGGCCUCUCCUGCCCUCCUGUGCCCUCCUUGGUCCCAGAAAGGGCAGGUCUGCAGCCGCAGGCUUGGUCUCACUCCCCACUGCCACUCCCUGACAAGCGUCAGCACUUCAGUAGGCUCUGUGGUGCCCGCGGGUGGCAUCUCUCAUCUACCACCUGCUUGACCCUCUUCACUCUCCACUGCUAGCCCAGGCCCACUGCCGAGCUGGGACCAAGGGGUCUGCCACGGGCCCAUGAGGUAGAGGUAACAUGGCGGUGGCCUCGCUGCCCCCAUGAAUGCCGCUCCAUCUGUGGAGGGACCUGCACAGUGAGGGCUGGCUCUGGCCGGCCCGGGAAAGCUAGGUGCAUUUCAGAAUGUGCUUCAUUCGGCUCGGCCCAGGGUAGCCUCUGCCUCCACCUCCAGGGCCCACAGCAGCAAGCGGUUUUGACCCUGAGUGAGAUCCCAGUGACCCAGCGGCCGGCACAGCUCCAAGGCCCCUGUGCUCCUCCUGGGCGGGGUCUCAGCCUCCCCCACAGACUGUCCUGAAGCCUCACCUCACAGCCCACCUCAGAAGGUGGGGGCGGCUGGCGAGCCCCACUCCUUCCUGGGUCCUCACUUGGCCCCAGCCUGGUCUAGCCUGAGCUGCCCUGUGCCCAGAAGGGCACACGGGCUAUGCCCGCAGCUUCUCGCCGGCCCGGGAGCCCUAGCCCCGCUCAGAGCUCUAGCAGGCGCUCCCUGGCAUCAGGGCAAAGCUGGGGUCUCCUGGGAGCAUUCAGGGUGGGGUUGGGGGCUGUGGGGGGGCGCCAGCAGGAGCAGGUGUGGAGACUGAGGUGCCAUUGGGGGACCCACACCUGGCCUGGCCCUCCCGCAGCUCCCUCCACAGGGGAGGCCUGGGGUCCUACUGGCACCUCACACCCCAGCUCCUUGGAGGAUGCCCCUCCAUGUAGCUGGGUCAGCCUGCUGCACCCUGCCCGGCCGGGCCCCCACACUGCGCCUACCCCCUGCCCGGUCCCACCCUCAGUUAGCCUUGGAUGCUGAACCGUCCAAAGCCAGCUGAUGAGCUGCAGGGCAAGGUGGCCUGCUUGUGCCUGGCCACUCCAGCUGGUAUCCCCAGGCCUCUAGUGUAGCCUGGGGGUGUGUCUCUGUGGGGGUGGAGCCUGCCUUGCCAGCCCGGGGGGACAUUGGGCCUCUGGGGGUCAGUCAGUCCUUCAGGAGUCAGAGCAGCCGGGCCCAGCAUCUGCUGAGGGAGGAACCGGCCUCCCGGGAGUUCCUGGGUGGACGGUGUGGCAGGGGCAUGUGCCUGCCCCCAGGGAGACCCCACAAAGCCGUCCCCCAGCUCCAGCUGCUCAGCCAGGCCCAGUCUAGAGAGGCCAAGCCGCUAGGGUGGUGAGUGGUGGGGGCCUCACCAGCCGUCCUGGCUGGAGCUGCCCCUCCGCUUGCCUAUCAGGUCACAGCAGCCUGCCCCACCUGCCCCCACCACGCCCAGGAAGCAGGUGCCUGGGACGGGUGCUGCUCACCCUUCCCGUCCUGAGGCCCCAGGUGCCCAGGCCCAUCUCACUGGUUCCCUUCUGUCUGGGAGGCUCGGCUCUUGGGCUGCUCUCCCAGGAGGGAACCCUGGCCAGAGCCUUCUGCCCAGCAGAGUGAGACCCUCCGAGCCACCAGCCUCGGCCAGUGUUAGAGACCGCAGAUCCAGUAUGUAAUUACACUAAAUUAUUGCUGGGAUUCCUUAUAAGCACUAAUUAUACCUUAUUAUAGGUUAAAAUAUUUAUUUUGUCAAAAUAUUUUCUUGGGGAUGUGUUUAACCUUUUCUGUGUUGUGUGCUGAGAUGUGAAAACUAACUCCUUUCUCCUGCCUCUCUGACCAGUGGGCAGCAGUAAAAAGCACUGAGUUCAUGUGACCAGGCACUGGUGGGCCUUUGGCCCGCCUGCCCCAGAGCGGCCCCUGCCCAGGACCCCCAGGGGAAUGUGACCGACUGGCUUAUCUGUGUGCAUAAGGACAAUGGCCUCAGAGCUGCAGUGACUCUUCACUGGCCAGGCCAGAGGGCAAGGGGGCCGUCUGCUGUCUGUCCUCCCGUCUGUCUGUCAGCCCUUCAGUGUGAUCACCUGUGCUCUCUGCCUUGGAUCCCGCCUCGGCGCCCUGCCCUUCCCCUCUCUACCGGGGUCCAGAGAAGGGAGCCUGGGGAGGUGGGGCGGGUGAGGACCUGGGGCAGCAGGUGCCCAGACUCCAGCUCCUCCUGUUCCUUCCUGCCACCACAGCCCCACUUGGCCUCCGCACGCUUCUAACUCAGUCCAACCCAGCCUUCCGGAGGGUUCAGGGGGCUGUGGGCCAGUGAGGAAGAAAGCCCGUGGAGGACAGUUGAGCCUUUUGUACUGGCAGCCCCCAGGCCCGGGCCCCCUCCCCUGUCCCCAACGUGGGCAUAGCCAGCUUCACCACUCAGAAGACACCCUGAGGCCCCCGCCUCUCCCAUGCCCAACUUCAGCCCUUCCUGUCCCUGGGGUGCCCUGAGAACAGCUGUCAACUCAGAAGGCUCAUGGCAUCUCUCCAGGUGCUCCUGGAGGAAAGGGGGUGAAUAUUUAUUCCCUCGAGUUUGCACUUGAUUUGUGAGGGUUCUCAGGUUUGUUGUCGGCGUCCCCCAGCCUAGCGGUCUGUCACUGUCUGUCUCUGCCGGCAGAGCAGGACUGGAGGGUGGGUCAGUGACACCAGAGCGUCCGUCUACCCACGAGCUCUCCUAGAUACGUCUGUCUAGUUUGGGAUCUUGCAUGUAAAAUACUCCACAAUAAACAAACAAACAGA